GAGUACUAUAUUUAUUUUUCAGCUUACGAGACAUUCUUUCAUUCAGGUACUAUCCAUUUAAGAAUAUUGGCCCAGGUAAAAUUGCCAUUGCAACGGUAUCUCUAGUAACAGUGCUGGGAUCAGCACUUGUGCUACUGCUCGUGUUUCUGCCAACGGGACAUGUUGAUAUCGACAAAGAUGACGAGGGCCUUCAUCAUUUGGCACUUGGCGAAGACUUGGAUCUGACACAAGCGACGAGGUCAACGACGACUACAGGAAAGACAACAGAGCCAGCGACUGAACCGGACACCACCGAAUUUGCACAAGACAGUUCUACGACGACGCAUCGCACGUCGACUGCCUCCAGGAAGCCAAGCAGCAGUUCAACUCCCAGCGUUUUUAGCAGCAACAGAGUAUCUACAUCUACCUCUUCUUCUAAGAGUUUCCCCAUCGAUACCUCCCGUAUCAAAGUUAGUCCAAGCACACAAAGCAACCGAAAGGAGGGAAAAUCAAGUUCACCCGAGAGCACAAAGAAAGCCGUUGUUCCCUUCGAGGGCCGGGCGGCCGUCAACAUCUCGCGUAAACGCACAUCAAAACCGCUUCUGUGCACCUACGGAAAUGAUGCGGUAAAAGUUAUGACUCCGUUCCCGGACGACGGCCUCUGCGACUUUCUCUUUCUUGAGUCCGUCACCAUAAAUGAAGCCGGAAAGUUGGUCUCGGAGGUUCAACUGUACGAUGCCCUACGACGUCUGCGAACAUACGCUAAGACCGUUACUAAAACUGUCGCAGGGAUAUCAUUCAGCAACAGAAACCUUUCGGCCAUUAUAUCGAGCAUGAAAUCUCGAAAGGGAUCGCAAGAGUUCAAAGAGCUGCGGAAAGACAACGUUUUUGGUUACGGCGUCUUGCGUGCAACGCUUCAUAAAUCGACAUCUGUGAAAGAAGUGGAUGACAUUACCACGCUCUUUAGGGCGCUCCGCAAGCUUCAGAAGCGUAACAAGCCUUCCAACACCACUGAAGUUCCUCAUGGGAAAUCCUAUGUUGUCUUAGGUAUGGUAAUUCUCAGCGAGGGAACGAGGGCUGAAAAGGCUCACGUGCGUGCCCUGUUCGAGGACGCCAUAUCUAGAAAUCAGUUGAACGCAUUGAUCCUGAGGGUGGACUACAACACGGAUCACCAUACAGACCCGAAGUGUCGUAUCACCGGUCCGAACGUCUGGAAUGGAAGUUAUUACGAAGACCAACCAACGUAUGCAAACACGUUAGCUUUCUUGAAGACUGUGAACUAUCCUAAGGGCAUCAUCGUGGCAUUCUCAUUGUCGACUGCUGCUCACUUUUAUCAGCUGCCCGAGACUAAUCGCACAUCAGUGCUCGGCGUCGGAGGGCGCUGCGUGGAGCGCACGGAGAAUGGGGGUCUGCUCACGACACGUGCUAAUGUUUGUGAUACUGACGGCGUGUCUCAAGCAAAUAGCUCGGUUGACCCGAAUUCUAUUCAAAGGUACGUCGUCGACUCGGAUGAGCAAGGCUUCUUUUUCGUCUAUGAUGACAUCAGCACAGUAAGGACAAAGAUGUGCUUGGCAUCAAAAUUUAAUCGGAAAUGGCGAUUCAGCUGGGCUGCUGUCAACAUCGACAUGGCAGAUGACUUAUCUGCGUGUAAUCCAAACAUGACGGAGACGUUUCCCACCCUUCGUUACAUGAAGAGCCACAUGAACGGCCAAUUCGGAAAAGAAGCCUGCACGAAGUUGGUGAUUGAGUGACACCUGACGGAGAAGGAAGUAACCUUCCGGUCUUAUCGCUGCUGUCGAGAGUGACUCGAGGUAACGUCAGUCUUCUUGCAAGAAUAAAGUGCGAAGUGAAGG